AUGAACACCUCAAUCAACGAGUCUCUUCAACUAGGCGAAAUAUCCUCUCAUCCUGAGAAUAAUGCUUUAUCGCCACAUGAGAUCGAGCAGCCUAUGCUCGCUCAACCUGAUGGGGGCAAGGCUGCUUGGUUGAUGCUGGCGUCUUGCUGUCUCAUUCAAGUCCCAGUUUGGGGCUUUUCGAGUGUUUUUGGUGUUUUCCAAGAGUACUAUUCCUCGAUUAAUGUACUGCAGGGUAGCAAAGGAGACUUGGCGACUGUGGGGACUACAUCCACGGGGCUACUUUAUCUUCUCUCGCCAGUCACUUUCACGCUGUUGACUCGGUAUCCACGUCUGCAAAUCUGGUGUGCUCCAACGGGACUAGUCAUCACAGUGAUUGGCUCCUUGCUUUCUUCCUUCUCGGUGAAAGUAUGGCAGCUCAUUGCCACCCAAGGCGUAAUAUGUGCUAUCGGAAAUGCGCUGCUGUUCAGUCUUCCUUCUCUCUAUCUGGACCAGUGGUUCAUACGGAGAAAAGGGCUCGCACUGGGAAUCAUGUGGGCCGCAAAGAGUAUUACAGGUGUUGCUCUGCCUUUCAUUGCGAGUGCCUGUCUGAACAAAUUUGGCUCGAGUACAACUCUGAGGGCAUGGACUGUGACUACGCUUCUCACGACAUUACUGUCACUACCAUUCAUGAAGCCUCGAAUUCCAGUAUCUGCAUCAGCUUCAGCCCGUCCUCUUGAUCUCAGUUUUCUCAGGCUGGGUACUUUCUGGAUGUUGCAAGCAGGAAACAUCAUGCAAAGCUUCGGAUACUUCCUACCGUCAACAUACCUUCCAACCUACUCGACGGGAACAGCCGGUCUGCCCGAGUUCAUGGGCACAUUGCUCGUGUCCCUUUUCAACGCAACUUCUAUCUUUGGUGGUAUUGCACUGGGAAUACUGUGUGACCGAUGCAACGUGACAAAUGUGCUACUCUUGUCCUCUGUAGGAUCUGCAUUAUCAGUGCUCCUCUUCUGGGGCAUGGCUUCGUCUGCUGGUCCAGGUUCCCACGCUGGGGCGGCUUUACUAACUGUUUUUGCCAUUUUUUAUGGAUUCUUCGCUGGUGGGUUUAGUUCGACUUGGUCAGGUAUCAUUACGGAGGUCAGGGAUGAAUCGUCAGCAUCCCUGGAGACUGGGUUAGUGUUUGGUCUUUUGGCUGGUGGGAGAGGUAUCGGAAAUGUCAUCAGUGGGCCUCUGAGUACGGUGUUGAUCCGCCAAGGAGCGCUGGGUCGUGAUGGUGCCACAGGAUAUGAAACCCAGUAUGGGACUCUGAUUCUGUUUACGGGUAUAACGGCCUUCUUAGGGGCUUGGGGCUGGCUGUGGCGAUACAUGAGUCCUGCGGUACGCUGUCUCCACUGA